AUAUCGAUUCGAUUGCCUUUUUGUAGCUACACUACGGCGUCGUGUUAAUGCGGAUGGGCAACGUUUACAGGGGCGUCGCUUUAACGCGGAUGGUUUUUUUUUUUUUUUUUUUGACCUUUUUCCUUGUCAUUGGGAUGCUAGAACCGGCGAAUCUGUAAUUGGCAUACCAAAGAAAAGAAGCAGCAAUUGGGAAAAUUGCAACUCCUCCUACUCAGUAUCAGAGAGCUAUCUCUAAACUCUCAACGCGACGUUUCCUCCCAACAUUGUCAAUUCUUCUUGCUCUUCUCUGUUUUCUGCAUUGUUGAGCUUGACAGCAAUCAUUCUCUUUUGUAUUGUAUCAUACUAGUUAAUUUGCAUACAACAGUACUUAUAGGUAGAUGAAGACUCUGAUGCUUUGAAUUUCUGAAAGUUUAUUAAGCUUGUGCUUACCACACUAAUUUUCAUCUAAUACCCUUUGCAUUUUAUGGAUCCUAGGAGUUUCACCGACGAGAAGAGUGAGAGCAGACUAUACAUUGGCAACCUUGACCUAAGAAUAACAGAAGCUGCUCUGAUUAAGGUGUUUUCUCCAUAUGGGAAGAUUAUAUCUGAAGAUUUCUUGUGGCACACUCGUGGGCCAAAACGUGGAGAACCACGAGGGUUUGCCUUUAUCCAAUACAGCACGAAAGAGGAAGCUAAAUUGGCUAAGGAGAAGAUGCAUGGGAGAUUAGCUUGUGGUCGCCCAUUGGUUGUUCGUCUAGCCAGUGAGAAAUACUUGGAGGAAGUAGCACAGAAUUCUUCCAAAGCUGGGGGUGAGGCAAUUAGAAGUGGAACUGCUAGUAACACCUCGGGACAGAUGAGUCGCAGCGCCAAAAUUGCUGCUAUUAAGAACAAAUUGAAGGCCUUGGAUGAAGAGAGGGGUAGCGCAAAGAAGCAGAAAGCAAGCUGACAGCAUGUAUCUUAUGAAAGGAGUUGACCAUCAAUCCAGUAGACAUUACUGAUACAUUUUAAAGAUGGCGAUUUUUGGAUUUACGAGUGUGCUAGGGCUUGCUCUUCAAAGUUUCAGCCCAAAUUAGAUCCGGUCUGAAUCGACCCAAACUUUAACAAUUAACAUCUGUAUUGUUUACUACCGACUUGUUCGCUCCUCCAUUUGAAAUUAAAAAUCCGAAGGAAAGAAUUUCUAAA